AUGGAAACGAUCACAGAAUGGUUCAUUGCAGGAAUACCUGGUGCUCAGCCAUUGGGAUCCUCAACAACGGAGACGGAUUGGAAAGCUAUGGGACAUUAUAUAGAGAAAGAUGAUGCUGAUCAGGAGUGGACGGCUUCCAAUGCUGAAGAACUGGAAAAAUAUGGUCUUUAUCGUUAUCAUUUUGAUAGAAGUCUGGAUAAUUUGGCCAACCAGAAGGAGGUAACAACAACCAAGCUGGCAUUCCUUGAUUCUAUUCUCCAUGAUGCUCAUGUUUAUAUCUUAGUUGUUGUAGACCUUAUACUCCUUUAUGUAAACCAUACGUCACUGUAUCGGGUGCUACUGAUUUCGACGCUUGCAAACAAUUAUGUGCUCGUAUGGGUGCCCUUGUGUGCCUCUCUAAUCACCCUAUUGUUCCUCUACUUGUAUAUCAACCACUUUCCGUUUCUGUUCUUGGAGGAAGACGUCAAAUGGAUUCGAAAAGAGUCACGGUUACUAAGUGCUAUUUCGGAGGAUGCAGAAGAAGUUAAGCGUUUAUGCUUUAAGAUAGACGCCAGGGCACAUCAAAUCUGGGACUCUAUUUUCCCUAGUAAAGGAACCGUUCCUGGACUAGAGGAAACUGAGGUACAACUGGUGUACAAAACCGUAACCGUGGCUGGACUAGAUGAAAUUGAGGCAAAAUGGGUGGACAAAAUUGCAUCCAUUGUAAAAGAAUCACAACGUUUAGUUAAAAUGUUUGAGGAAAAGAGACGAGACUCCCACAGACUUUUUGGGAUGACUACAAAGAAUUUUGAGCAGACAGAUAAGCUUUUCAGUAAAACUAAGCAGGUAAAGGAGGAAAUAAACAGCAGCAUUGUGAUGAAGAAGGAAAGUGGGAUUAACAUAUGUGAAUCCCUGGAGAGAUUAAAGUCUAAUGCUAGAAGGCUGCUGGAAAGACCUUUUGAUGAACAUGAAAAAAGAUGGGUUAACUCCGGAGAACGAGUUGAAUCUGCAGCUGCAUCGGCUUUCUCUACUGUAGAGAAAAUAAAUAGUCUAAUCAUUCAAAACCCAGAGUUAAUGCCAGACAGGAGUAGAAUUGGAGAGCAACUAGAGUCAACAAAUCUACAAUUGCAGCUGCUACAUCCUUUUCUGAAAGAUAUACAAGGAAUUAAUGAAUUUGAGAGCGCAAUUGAGAAGGCCUGGGUGGAGGAAGUGGAAGAGAUCAUUGAUGAAGCACAUCCUGCCAUUGAAAACUUCUUACAGACACCAUCCAAUAGAUUUAGGUGGCUAUCAUAUAUCAGCAGUUGGAGGGCAAGGAGAAAGCUCGAGGGGGACCUAAGGUGCAUCAACGUUGGGUUCACACAAGCUUUAGAAAGGAAGGGCAGGUACGGCUUCAAAUUUAUAAGAAGAAUUUCUAAUUUAUCAAAGAUUGUCUAUCAAUCCCCAGAUCAGGCCGCAGAUGAGAAUAGUGUUUCAUCUGUAAUAGACAGGAUGCGCAACUACCUCAAAGAGAAGCCAAAUUUAUUCCGUGAAGUAUUUUUUGAUGUCAAAUUGCUUUGCAAUGAACUGGAAAUCAUGCAUAAACUUGUAGGCGGUGCAGGAAUGAUUGGAAGGAGAUAUAAUUCCAGAGUCGCUUGGUUGGAGCAAGUGAGGAAAAUUGUUCAAAGUGCAGAUGAAUCUGUGGUAACCUUUAUGAAGAUGAAUUCAGGUUUAGAAGCAGACAGAGAUGAGAAAAAGCUUAAGAAUUCUGGAAGAAAGCUAUCCCUUGAAAUCAACCAGAUUAAUCAGAUUAUCAAUCUUUUCUUGAGAUGCAUAAAAGCAUUCAGCAUUGAAUCAAGGGAAGACUUAAGCUCAGUGGUCGGUUUGGAAGAAGACAUAGAUGCAGUGGUGUCAAGACUGAGAACCAACAAUGAACACUGCUCUUUUGUUUCCAUAGUGGGGAUUGAGGGCAUAGGCAAGACAACACUGGCAAAGAAAAUUUAUAACCACGGAGUCAUUGUGGACCAUUUUCCUUGUCGUGCAUGGGUUUCUCUACCGCACGACUACUCCUACAACAAUAAACUGCCACUAUUGAAAUACGUUGCAAAGCAGGUCUUGAGCUCUCUUAAGUCAGAAGGGGACCGAGAGAUUAAUCCCGAUGCAUCCAACAGGAUCGAUGAGGCACAUGAUAUUUUAAAAAAGAGUCGGUACCUUUUAGUUCUUGACAACAUCUCCACAAUGUACGAGUGGAGUACUCUGAAAGCAGCAUUUCCAUUAAGUACAUCCAAUGGAAGCAGAAUUCUGCUCACUACACGUAACCCUGAAGUGGCUUCACAAGUGGAUAGCGACAGCACUCCCCACCAACUUCGACGGCUAACCAAAGAAGAGAGCUGGCAGUUGUUUAGCCAGGUGGUGCACAUCCCUCCGAAAGGGAAAAUGCUAGCAAAAGAAAUUUUGAGUAAAUGUGAGGGUUUACCACUAGCCAUGGUACGUCUAAUGUCAGGGAAAGAUGAGACUACUGCUCAGGAGUUGAAAAAGGUGAUUCAAUACAUCAAACAGGAUGAUGAUACAUCGUCGUUCUGUACCUACACCAAAGAGUGCAUAAAUAAGUUUCCUGAUCAUCUUACCGAUUGUCUUUCUUGCUUCAAACUCUUCCCCAAGGACUAUAAAAUUCCGGUGAGGAGAUUAUUCGCUUUGUGGAUUGCUGAAGAGUUGGUAGAAGUAAGUGAACACAGGACAGAAAAUCAUGAAUCUGACCCAAAGAAAAAGGCUGAAACUUACGAAGAAGCAGCGGAUGAGCAUCUAUCUGCAUUGAUCGAUCGUGACAUCGUUCAUGUAGUUGAAAGAAAGCUUAAUGGGAAAGUCAAGACAUGUUGCUUGAACAAAGAUUUACAAGAAGUGAUCAGGUCACAAGCCAUGAGGUUAGAUCAUAGGCGCCUUGCUGAUCAUGUAAACUGUAAUGAUCCAAGUUUUGAUCUUAUUCAUGGUGAAAGCUCCAAUUUUUCAAGAUCUUACACAGAUCUCAUUUCCAUUCUAUCCUUUGAUUCCCAAGAAGGAUAUAAACCUGGAGAAGACAUAGGCAACUUCCUACGAAGGGGCAUUGCAGGUGGUUAUUUCCUUCAGCUAAAGUUUCUUGAUCUUGAACGUGUAUUCAGACCUGAAUUGCCCAACACCAUAGUAAAAUUAAGCAAUUUGAGGUAUCUAGGCUUGAGGUGGACUUCCCUUGAAUCAAUCCCAGAUUCCAUUGGUGAAUUGGUGAACCUCCAAACCUUGGAUGUGAAGCACACAUAUGUUCGCACUCUCCCCCGUUCAAUAUGGAAACUGCUCAAACUUCGACACCUAUACUUAAGUCAAAGGUAUCGAAGUAAAUUUAUGCGUCACCAAGGUCUCAAUUCUCUCAAGAAUCUCCGGACAUUAUGGGGUGUAUUUGUGGAUAGGCAUAGUCCCUUAAAGGAUGGUUUGGAUAAGUUUAUAAAUCUCAGAAAAUUGGGAUUGGCAUUCCAGCUAGAGAAGGAAGAGCAAAAAGUAUUAGCAGAAAGGAUUGUAAAGCUGAGCUAUCUCAAGUCCUUAAGAAUGAGAUCAAUUGAUGAAAUGGGUGAACCCUGUCCUCUGGUGUUGGAGUCUUUGUCAGGCCUUGAGAAUCUCUCCAGCUUAAAUUUGUUUGGGAUGCUAGAAAAUCCUUCCAUCAUAGCUGGAUUUCCUAAAAACCUCAUUGAUCUUACUUUGUCAGCCUCUUCAUUUUCAGAAGAUCCAAUGCCCAAGUUAGAGAAGCUUUCCAACCUUCAAUCACUAUGUUUCUACUCCAACUCUUAUACCGGUACGAAGAUGGUUUGCUCCACCUGGGGAUUCCAAAAGCUUGUAGUGUUAAAGUUGUGGAAGCUAGAACGGCUAGAAGAUUGGGAUGUGGAGGAAAAGGCAAUGCAAAACAUCAGGGAGUUGGAGAUCAGAUCCUGCAAUAAGCUGAAGGUCCCUACUGGCUUAAGGCACUUGAAGACUCUCAUUGAAUUGAAGCUAAUUAAUAUGCCAAAAGAAUUUUCUGCAACCAUUGAAAAAACUAAUGUGGACAUUUGGGGUGACAUUGCCCACUCCCCAACAAUCAUUACUGAUAGCUGGUAGUCCCUGCAGAAUUAAUCACAGGCAACAAUCAUCACUCAUGCAAUGGUAACAUUGAUGCACUUGAGGCACAGAGAACCUGACAAUUUGUUGAGUUGCAACGCCGUAGCCAUACGGUGACAGGGGAUUAAGAAUGUCUUCCUUCAAAUUUCCUUCAAAGCAAAAUUGGGUUUGUGAUGCAGAUUUGCUUUAGCACUUGAUUAUUGAGUUUGCCAACUUUUGUAAGGUUAUUUAAGAUUAGGGUUUUAUCAUGUAAGGAUCUGCUGUCAGAAGUUGAAAAGAAUAACAAUGGAUUUUCAUGAC